CUCCCAGCCAAGAAGCGGCGCUGGCCUCGGGCUCCAUCUUGCGGCGGAAUCGUCGUGGUUUGCAACUGGACACGCAAGCCAUGGGCGCGAGCUCCAACUGGACACGAAAGAGCGUUUGUUGAAGACAAGUCUAUUCCAAACGGAGCGGUGAACAUUUCUUUUUAUUUCCAAAUCGCGUCCAGGUGUUAGGAGCACACGCUCUUCGUACUGCGGAAGAUAACAUGCUAGCUAGCUAGUGAGCGGAGCUGAGCUGAGCUGAGCGCCAAGUCACUAGCCAUGGAUCCGCUGGACAUGGUGGAGGAUGAAGUGGCCUUGGAGGGACUGGACGGCAUCACUAUCCCUGCUUUGUGGAUACGACUCGGGGAUAGGAAGCCCGAGUUCCCACUCCAGCUGGACGACGGCACCAAGGAGCUCGUCUGGAGGUCGCUGGUGGCCAACAGCGAGCUGACGUUCUACCUGCUGCCCGCCGAGAGGAACGAUGUGAUGCUGAACGACAGGUUCAAGAUGUCCCACGAGGAGAACGGCGAUGAAGACGGCCAAGACGUGUACCCGCUGUGCAUCAUCCACAACGACAAGGACGGCUUCCAGGGCUCGUGCGCCACCUUCCAUCAAAGGACCGACGUCACGGCGCGCCUGCGUUCUCCGUCACCCAUCGGCCUGGAAGAGGUUUUGAAAAGGUACGGCAGGAAGCUGGUGGCGGUGGCGUCGCAGCGGCGCCGUUUUCGCGCGCUCAUCGGCAGCGAGAGCGACCCCGACAUCAAACUGAUGGACGAGUCCUACUGCAUGCUGGAGCGAGUGGGACGGGCACGGUGGCAGGGGGAGCUGCAGAGUGACCUGCACAAGUCCUCUCUCAAGGUGGACUCGCGCAAGUUGUUCUACAUCAGGAAGCCUCUGGUCCGCCAUCGCCUGGUGUGCCCCCAGGCCUGCACCAAACGCCUCAAGUCGGGACAGUGGCAAAGCUCCAUCCUCCUCUUGCUCAAUCGCUUCCACGUCGUCAGGAGGUCCAAGUACGAUAUGCUUAUGGAGUACGUGUCCAACUUACUCCAGAAGAUGCCGCAGCAGCUGGCUGCUUUGGUCACCAUCCGAGAGCACAUGGAGCUGCCGGAGGUGAUAUGCAAGCAUGUCUUUCGCUACAUGCGAGAUGCCAAUCUGGUGGAAUACUGUAGCCUGCCUCUGGAGGACUUGGACCAAGAGAGAAAACCCGCGCGCACCAGAAAAGGCAAUAAAGUCAAAGUGCGCUGCCUGAAGCUCAUCAAGCCGUACGCGGGCAAGGCGGUGAGCGGCGCCGCCGCCGACGAGUGGAAGGCGGACGACGACGAUGACGACGACGAGGGCGACAAGAGGCGAGCGCUGCCCCCCGUGGGCCGGACCAUGGAGACGGAUUUCUUGUCGCAGGCGUACAAGCUGGUUGUAUCAAGCAGCACCAAGGGAAUCUCUCAGUCGGGCAUCGCGUCCAGGAUGAACAUUGGCAAGCUGGAGGCUCGCAUGGUCUGGAGGAAGUUGGAGCGAGACGGCGUGGUCAAGGGCUUCAUGGUGGACGAAGGCCGCCAGAGGUUCACCAAGUUCAUCGGCCACAGGAGCGUGUGCGGCAGUGACGACCUGCGGCUCCUCUCCAAAGAGAAGCAACGCAAAGCAAAGCUUUUCCACUCCUCGGCCCCGCCCCGUUCGGCCGCCGGCAAGCGACGAUGCAAAACUCCCAAGAAGAGCAGAGCGGCCGGCGAACGGGCAGAAGAGGAAGGCCGUGACGCCGCUUUGGAUUUGCCGGUCGGGACCGAACCCACAGCAAAGCCCGCGGAGAGUUCCGAGCGGGCCGUCGCCCAAGCCGCUCUGACUCCAGAGCUGGCGGACGCGGAGCCCGUCAGCGCCUCAGAGGAAGCUUCAGUCGAGGAGAAAGAGGAGGAAGAAGGAGCUUUGCCUCCACGCCAGGAGCAGGAGGAGGAGGAGGAAGAAGGGACGCCAUCAAAGGACGGCGAACUGGUGGAUCCCAGUGACCAGCAGCUGUUCGCCAAGCGCAACCGCAGGUCCACCGAAACCUACCGCAUGCUCCGGAGGAAGAACCUCAUCAUCGAGGCCGUGCACAAGCUCAAAGUCAUCGACGGCCUUUACCCCCUGCAGAAGCUGAUCAACGACGAAGAGAAGCUGCAGGGUCUCCCCACCAAGUGCUGCAAGAAGACCACGGCGCGUCUCGUCCAGACACUGUGCAGAGAAGGACUGCUCAAGACGUUCACCACCACCGUCAUCCAGGACAGCAGCAGCAGGAAGCUCGACCUGUACGUGCAUCCGUCCGUCCAGCCCGACGACGAGCUGGUGAGAGCGAGCAUCGAUCAGGCCCGCUUCAAAAUCACCAGCUCCGUCCUUCCUGCCGCAUGCCGGCAGGCGCCGGUUGACAAAGAGCGGUCCCCCAAAGCCCAAACGCAGGAGACCAGUAAGAAUUUCAGGAGCCUUGCCGAGAUCAAGGAGGAACACUCGGCAGGGGACAAAGUGUUCAAGCCCACGAUAGUUCGAGGACUGGGCAAGACUCUGGGCUUCCAGCCCAAGAUGCACCGCCUGCGUGUUUUGCACUCCUUCCUCUGGUACGUCAUCUACGACCACCCCCUGGGGCCCAGACCCCCCUGGAUGGCGGGCGCUCCCGAGGUGGUCGUCCAAGAGCCGCCGGAAAAAACGGACGAGCGCGUCGUCACCCUCAAGGACCUGGACGCCGCCUUGUCCGAGGACGAGGCGGUGACGGAAAUUCCCAGUCACGCCAGUUGUGAGAUCAAAGUUUACAGCGAGGAGGAUUCGUGGAAGAGGUUCGUCCCGCCCGUUCGCAGGCACUGCGAUCGGGGCAGCGGCUGGGUGAUCGUGGGGGACCUGCUGCUCUGCCUGCCGCUCUCCAUCUACGUCCAGCUCAUCCAGAUCAACUACCAGGUGGACGGCCUGGAGGAGUACUUGAACGACCCGGUCAAGCAACACCAUCUGAUUCAGCAGCUGCCCCUAGCCAUGAGGAAAAAGCUCUUUUUCAGACGGAGAUACGUCUACGCCUUCUUUGAGAACCUCCAGCGCUUGGUCUGCAUGGGCCUGCUGCACUUGGCUCCCGUGGAGAAGCUGAAGGAGAAAGACAUGCUCUUUUGCUACCUGAAGCGCCACGCCACCAUCGUGGACACCAUGAACGCCGAGGCGCACUACUGGCUGGCGAAGGAGCCCGCCGACAAACCCUUUGACAGACGUCGCUACACUUUCAGCAGCGGCGACGACGUGGACACGUACUGGUUUGACCUUAUGAGCAUCUGCCUCAACACGCCUCUGGGCUGCAUUCGGCCCAAGCGCGCCACCACGGCUGACGAUGAGACGGCGCCGUCCUUUGUGAACGAUCGGACCCUCUUUCUGGCCUUGGCUUCCUUGCUCAAGGGCAGCAACGCCGUGUGCGACGACGGCACCACGCCCGGCGACGGCAGAGGCGCCGGCGGUCUGGCCUCCGAGUUCUUUGCUCAUCUCAAGCGCAACUGGCUGUGGACCAACAGCCUGCUGUCCUGUAACAGAAGGCGCCCCGCCGGAUCCGACAACAGCAAAUUGCGUCUGAUGAGCCUGCUGAGUAAAGAAGCGCUGCGGGCGGCGCUGAAAGCCGGAGCGUCUUCGCCUCGCUUCCUGACCGCCAAGAAGUCGGCGGUGACGCAAGAAACCGUAGAGGUGGCCGUCGAGCCGUCGUCCAGGAACCGGGAGGUGGUCGGAGGCAAGGGGCGCAAGAGGAAGAGAGCCAAAAAGGAAGUUGUCAAAAUUCCUCGCAAGAAGAAAAAAGAGCCCAAGAAGCGCAUCCCCGCUCACGACGAGGCCGACCACCGCGCGCUGAAAAAGAUGACCAGGCGGCGAGUCAUCUGGGCGGUGCAGGAGGACUCUCUGCUCAUGCUCUGCGCCGUGGCCUCGCAUCUGCUCAACACCAAAUUGCGGAGGACCUUUGUGGCCCACUGCUUGGUGCGCGACCUUCUCCAGAGCGAGUUUCAGAUCUCCGAGGACAAGACCUCGCUCGCCGUCGGGCGGCGCACUCGCUACAUCCUCAAGAAUCCGCAGACCUUCCUCAACUACAGGAUCUGCCUGGCUGAAAUCUAUCAGGACAAAGACCUGCUGAAGCAGCUGCAGGACAACAAGCCCGCCGAUCCCAAUAACGCCGAGGACUGCGCCAAAGCCUUCGGCCAGUACGUGGAGCUCCUCCGCCAAAAGUUCAGCUCGGUCCUCAGCGCCGACGACGCCCGAUUGCCCGAAAGCAAAAGCCAAGUCUUCUCGUUGUCCAAAGUGUGCACAAUCGCCACGGACAAGCAGGUUCCCUGCAGGGACACCCUGACCUGCACCAAGGACAUCCAGACCUUAGUGCUGUUCAACCUGAUCCAGAGCACGCUGGCCAUGACCAACCAUCAAAUGAAGGAGUCCAGAUCCUUUCAGACGUUCCACGUUUACAGCCGCUACCCGCAGGACCUUCUGUGCCAGGUGUUUGUUCAGUGCCGUAAACGUCACAUGGUCAACCGUCGGCGCGUGUGCCACACGGCAGGACCCAAGAAGAACCGAGCGCUGCCCAUCCUGCCCAUGUCCUUCCAGCUCUCGCAGUCCUACUUCAGGUAUCCUCUUUCAACAAGUAGGACCAAAAGGUUCUCAGGCUGUCGUCAACUGCUGCUGCUGCUGCUGCUGCUGCUUCUUUUCCCCGGCAGGUUGUUUUCCUGGCGUUUUCCUCACACCCUCUGCAGCGACUCCUUCGACUUCCUCAAGACCUUAGCGGACAACGGCACGGGCGACGACGGGCCGCCCGUCUCCUUCCGUCUGGAGAGGAAAAACCGCACAGCGGCCAAGGGCGAGGACGAGCCGGAAGGAGAGCCGCUCCCGGGCCACGGUCCCGAAGGUUCCCCCACGACGCGCUUCUCUCUGGACUCUCCCGGAGGAGCGUGCGUGGUGUCGCUCGCCCUCAUGACUUUGGGACUCCUGUCCGUGCACGUGUCUGUCCCCAACAAGAUGGUUGUGGUGGACAGCGACCUGGUGGAUAACGACUUUAAAAGCACGGCCUCUUUGGAGGACGAAGACGACGAGGACGAAGUGGCCGGCGCCGUGGCGUGCGAGGGCCAAAAGCCGUUGCGGGUCAGCGCUUACCGGGCUUCGCACACAAAGUACCUGUUGAUGAAAGGCUUUUUUGUUCCCGGCAUCGUGCAACUCCGCAACCUGAACACCAGCGACAACAUCGUGGUGGAGUCGUGCGUGGUCAGGAUGCGGCUACGGCAAACGCCCCUCGGCGCCUUGCUGAGCCACCACGGCGCCGCUUUGGACUUGUCCCGAUCGGGCCCGUCCCUGCUGCCGUCCGUCCUCACCCGCUGCGUGGGCGAGGGGGCGCCCGCUCCGGCCCGGCGUGCCGACUACUCGCCAGAGGACUGGCGAGCCCGCGCCCAGCUGAGCCGGCGCCUGGACGCGGCGGGGGAAAUCGGCGUGGACCAGGCCGACCUUCUCCGGGAGCUCGCUCACCUCCCGAGCCUGGAGCGCUACCUGGAGGAUUUACAGGAGGACGGUCAGGCGGUCAGGGUGGGCGCUUACGGCUUUCGCUGGGUGCUGAGCCGCCACGCCGCGCCCUGGAUCCUUACCAUCCAGCCCAGAACCGGGCCCCACACGCAGGCCGCCCCCGGCGACGAUCCCUUCCUUCGCAAGAGGCCAGGUGAGAUGGAAGGGGAGCCGCCGGCCAAAAAGAUGGCGGCCACGGACGAGGGGAGAGGCCAGAAGAACCAGGAGGCGAAGCGGCGAGCCCAGGACUCUGCGGACGAGGAGCAGUGGCGUGGCGCCGAGGAUGAGAAGAAAGACGGAGAAGGCGCUUUGCCGCAACAGGUCGACGACCUCGACGGCGGCGAGAGCGUGAGCUUCGCCAGCCGUCCGUGGCGCCUGGUGGACGGCACGCUGAACCGUCAGGUGUGCAAAGGCAUGCUGGAGGCCGUCCUCUUCCACAUCAUGUCCCGUCCCGGCAUCACUCUGCAAAGGCUGCUGUCCUACUACGAAGCGGUCCUGCAGCCCGUGGUGGCGCUGGAGCUGCUCCAGUCGCUGGUGGAGCUGGGCUGCGUGGUCGAGCGCACGCUGGUCAAGAGAGGCAAGCCGGCGCUGUUCGGGCCCCCCCCGGUGACGACGGAGAGGCAAGAAUGCAUUUUCUACGAGCCCACCGUCGACUGCGUCCUCAGACUGGCUCGGGUGCUGCCCAACGAACACCACUGGAACUAUUGCAAGAAGCAGCCUUGACGGGCCGGGCCAAUCGCCUUCUUUGGGUCGCCCUUGGAUUUACAUUCAAUCAAAUUCGAGAAGGCUUCGAACUCCCGGUCCUCGGCCUUGCUUGCCUUUUGCGCAGAAUAGUCAGACAAUUCAUUCCCAAACAAAUGCAAGUCUGUACUUAGAAUUGAGCUAUUUUUUUUCUUUUAAAAUACAAAACAAAAAAACAAUAUCAUGAACAUUAACUUAUUUACUGCUUACUAAUUUGUGUACUACUUUCUUUGCUCAGUUACCAAAAUUCCCAUGUGAAUGAAAUGGUUUUUGUCAAAAAGUACACAACAGCUUUUUUUUUUCUUUUUCUUUUUCUUUGCUCGGUUUUAUUCACACCAAAUGGUGACAUUUUCAAGCCAUCUUUUCAAUAAAUGACAAACUUGCUGCA